AUGUCGGAGUCAGAUGUUAUUGACAAAAAUAGUGAAAAUACAUCAAACAAGUUUGUCGAAAAUGGAACUAACAAGUUAAUUGUAAAAUGUAAAUUCUGUGGCUCGAAGAUUUUAGACAAAAAAUUUGGUAUUUACAUUGAACAAGAGAAGGACUUACCUUUAAUGCUGCAAGAUAAUCGAAAAGAAGUUGAAGUCCAAAACGAGAAAGUUAAUGAAUUCUAUCAUGUAGAAAACAUGUAUACAUUUGAAAACAUAGGUUUUACACACACAGUGGAUAAUUAUAAAUAUUUAAGUUGUGCAGAUUGCGAUGCUGGACCUAUAGGAUAUUAUGAUAUGAAUACUAAACAUAGCUUUGUAGCAUUAUCAAGGGUCGAACAUGCUUCA